AUGUUAUUCAUCUACCUGACUUCAUUAGCUUUCAUUUUUCAUAUUUACAUCACGUCUUGGCCGGCGAUUAAGUUGAAAAUACCUUUCCCCUCUCUUUCGUCUCGGUGUAGAGCAUUCUCGUCUGGUGGUCUUUUCUUUCUUUCUUUCUUUCUUUCUUUCUUUCUUUCUUUCUUUCUUUCUUUCUUCUCCCAUUCCUGCCUUAUGUCUCUCUUUUCUCCCGAUGUAGCGGCCUUCCGCAUACGUCGUCGAACGGGUCCAUCUAUUCCACUCGGGGAUGAAUUCUCCUUCUCAAGAAUUUUCUUUCUUUCUUUCUUUCUUUCUUUCUUUCUUUCUUUCUUUCUUUCUUUUUACUUUUUCACAUUACAUAUUUCCUUCUUCAAUUAUCCGCCUCCCCCCGGCCUCGGAUUUCUUUGUCGGAGAAAGCGACUCCCAUUUUUACUUCUUGUUCUCAAUCUCGUCUUCAUUCCUUUCUUAUUGUCUUCUUUCUAA